UGCUCUUGUUCCAUUGAAGUUUCAGAUUUCUACACCCCAAGCAUAGAUUAGAGAUGUCAAUUGAUACUGUGAAGCUUACAGUUAAGCUCAACGAUGGCUCCGUCAUGCCAGCGUUGACGAUUGGAACCCCAUGGACCGAGGAAGAGUUUGAGAAAUUGCCAGGUGUCUUACAAGCUGCCAUCGACAAUGGGUUCAGAAGCAUCGACACCGCAUGGUAUUACGGGAGCGAACCAACCAUUGGUAAAUUCCUCAAGGAUCUGUUUGCCAAAGGUGCCGUGAAAAGGGAAGAUCUAUUCAUCACUACAAAGGUUUGGCCUUCACUGUGGGACAGGGCCGAACUCUCCAUAAACAAGUCCUUGCAAGACCUAGGAUUGGACUAUGUGGAUCUGGCGCUACAGCACUGGCCUGUCUGUUACAAAGGCACGGACUCCAAUGGCUUGCCUAAGAACCCAAGAGACUCCAACGGUGUGCUACAGUUCGAUGAGAACGGCGACUUCGUCACAACCUAUAAGCAGCUGUUGGAGCUGAAGGCCAGAGGUCUGGUCAAGAGCGUUGGCGUCUCGAAUUUCACGCAGGCACAUCUCAAGCGUGCCGUUGAUGAAACUGGCGUUGUUCCAUCGGUUUUACAGCUCGAACUGCACCCAAAGAUCCCCUCCUUAGAACUAGUCAAGUACGCUGAAUCGUUGGGCGUGAAAGUGGCUGCGUUCUCACCAUUGGGCUCAACAGGCGCACCGUUGUUGAAGGAGCCCGUUGUACUGGAGCUCUCUACAAAGUACAGCGCGCAGCCAGCCAAUGUGGUUUAUGCGUACCAUUUACUCCGCGGAAGGAUCGUCGUUACAAGAACUUCCAACCCUAAGAGAAUCCCAACAUUGAAGACGAUCCCUUCGCUCAGUGAGGAGGACAUUGGCAAGCUGGAUGAGAUUGGUCUAAAAGAUCCAAAGCGAUUUAUCCAGGACGACUGGGGCGUGGGAUUGGGAUUCCCUCACUGGAAGGACAAGUACUCGUGGGAGGAAUAAUGAGUGUGUAUGUUUUCGUCGUAAUGUACGCUUUUAUUGGGCUCUAAGCCCACAUGUAGCGUAUAAGUUUGCUUUUGGCUGCGUCAUGUGUCUCGAUGAUGUAUCUUCUGUUCCCUGAAUUAGGGGGAUUAAAGUUCUACAACGCUAACUUCAUGAUAAC